CCAAUACCGAUACCAAAUUAAAACUUCACAUAUUAGGGCUAAAUGUGAAAAUCCAUAGCUAUUGAAGUUUCUCUUGCAUCGAUUCAAGGCAGCACCAUCACCGCAGACUACCCCCCUCACUUUGUUUCCCCUUCAAUCUUCCCGAAACAGCACAACCAACAAGACUCGGCUGAGAUUCUGAAUCAGUGAAACGCAAAAGCAGCUCCGAAAAUGACAGAGGCAGUGAUAAGAAAUAAGCCGGGUAUGGCGAGCGUGAAGGACAUGCCGGUUCUCCAGGACGGUCCGCCGCCGGGUGGAUUCGCUCCGGUCCGGUACGCUCGCCGGAUCCCCAACAAGGGUCCCAGCUCAGUGGCCAUAUUCCUCGCCGCCUUCGGCACCUUCUCUUGGGGCAUGUACCAAGUCGGAAAGGGCAACAAGAUCCGCAGGGCGCUCAAGGAAGAAAAGUAUGCUGCUCGCAGAGCAAUACUGCCGGUGCUUCAAGCUGAAGAAGAUGAAAGAUAUGUCAAAGAGUGGAAAAAGUAUCUCGACUAUGAGGCUGAAGUCAUGAAGGAUGUGCCUAAUUGGAAAGUUGGUGAGAGUGUCUACAACUCUGGAAAAUGGAUGCCCCCAGCAACGGGCGAGCUCCGCCCUGAAGUGUGGUGAUUCAUUUUUCAACUACAGUUGCGUCUGCAGCUGGCUCCAGUUGGUUUGUUUUGUCUUAUUGCAUGGUUCCUUUGGUGGGAUGUCAUAGCUCUGUUGUGAAAUAAAAAUGCAGCAGAAAACCUUUUUUCACAUGUUUGCAAAUACUACAACAGUAAUUGUCUUAUUUUAUCCCCUUUAUCAUCAUUCUCUUCUUCAUUACCUAAGAUUAAGAGUUAGCACAAGGAAGACUUUGUUCAAUGCGGGAUUUUGAUAAAAUGUUUAGUGAUUGUAACAGACAUCGAGUCAUGAGAUGUCCGUAAGCGCUAUUUAACGAUGCCUAAAACAGAUGAUCUUUAAUCUGAUUGUGUUGAACAAA